AUGGCUCCUAAGGACGAACAGGGCUCUUCUGCGCCUCUUCUAGUGGAUGAUGACGUUGCAGACACCCUAGAACAGGGGCUGUCUGACAGCCAUGACUUCCAGUCAAUCAUCGCUGCACGCCCCAAGAGGGUGGUGCAAUGGCUGCAGGACGAUGCAGUAGAAAAGCUUGGAGAGUUCCAAAUCUCGGACACCCAGUUCUUUUCUGCAGGACCCUCGGAGAGUGGGUUGCUCACCGAAGGCCACAAUAGCAGGUGCAUCGAUGUGGAGCGGUUCUGGAGGAAGCGUCUAGAGGAAGCAGCCUCCACUCGUGUAUCCUCUGAGCCGGAGGAAUGGAGCGAGAUGGUGAAGGUGGAGGCCUGGGUGGUCACCUUGAAGAAUGCAGCAGCAGCUGAGAAUGUGGGGCUGCUGCAGCCGCUGCUCAGCCGCUUCCAGGCCGGCAAACUGUCAAUGAUGGUCUUCGGUCUGCCGGCAGUGAUGGCAACAGUGGAAUUUAAAUGGGUCCACUGGUGCCGGCGGCUGCUCUGGGUGCAGCUGGCGCUGUACAUGCUCUGGUUAUUCUCCUUUACGAUCUUCACCAUCCUUUUCCAGGAUGAGGACGCCGGCUCAAGCCUCGCUGAGGUGGCGGCCACGCCGCGCGGGCAGGCCACGAUCGCGCUCGAGAUCGUCGCGCUCUUGGCGAUGCUCCCGUUUUUGUACAUCGAGGCGGCAACAAUCAUUGAGUACGGCAAGACGUGGCUCAAUGCCCAGAACAUCAUCGACGCACUCACCUACGUCAACCAGGUGACAAUUACAGUGAUGCAUCUGACACGGCGCCACCUGGAGUCCGACGUCAUUCUCUUCCUCAUGGCCGCCCAAUGCAUCCUGCUCUGGCCUUUCCGGGCAUCCAAGUUUGGCUUCGUGGACACACUACGAGUGGUGCUGUCGGACGUCAAGUGGUUCUUGCUCUUCCUCUUCUUCACCAUGUGGGGGUUUGCGUGCGCCUUCCACGUCCUCUACCGCAGCGACCAAGACGAUGCGCCGGAGUUCACCUCGCUCUGGCGCAGCCUCUACACGGUGUUCACGGCCGCGGUGGGCCAGUUUGAAAACGACACUUACAUCAACCACCACAACCCGCGGCUGACGAUUCCCCUUCUGGUCAUCUACCUCUUCGUCGUCACCAUCAUUAUGCUGAACCUGCUCAUUGCGCUGCUGACCAAUGCACAGGAAAAGAUGACGGAGAACGCUGGGCUGCGCGCAAUCCUGAGCAAAGCCCAGAUCAUUGAUGAGCUGGAAAACACGCUGCCCAGCUGGCUCAAGCGCCAGGGAGGCAACCGUUGGUACCCCAACUACAUCCACAUCCUCAAGCUGGCGCCCAGUCAGCGCGGGGAGCUGUCAGCGGAGGCGCUGUGGGCGGAGCACGGAGACCUCCUGGACAGCAGCGAGGAGGUGCGCAUCCGCGUGCGCGCCCUGGAAGCCAAGAUAGACGUCUUGCAGGCGUCGAUCGACGCGCUCAUCGCCGCGCUGCCGGCCCAGGCGCGCGACCGGGCCGCCGCCGACCCCGCCAGGCUGCAGGACAUCUGCUCAACAGCGGGGCAGCUCAAUGACAAAAAGAGGAGGCGGGAUAGCAUCCUGCUGGACACCGUCCGAACAGGCAGCGAGGAGUCCCCAUCCAAGAAGGCGCGCACAGGCCCUGCCGAAGUGCGCAGCAGCGCUACAGCCCAGAGGCUGCCAAAGGUGACGGCGGCCCAUAAGAUGGCGGCGUUGCAGCGUCAGAAUGAGGAGCUGGCCAGGAAACUGGAGACCAGCAGAGCCUGCUGCAAGGCUGUGCAACAAGAGGCGGAGGAAGCCAGGACGGAGGCGCAAGCAGAGCAUGUCAAGGUGAAGGGGCUGCAGUGUGCCAUAUCGCAGUUCUACGAGGAAAGGAGCGAUCUGCGCAAACAGCUCGCUGCAAAUUUUCAGGAGGUCUCCUCCCUGCGGCUGCACGUCAGAAGCCUGGAGGCAAUCAUCGGUCACCUCCGCACCAACUCACAUGACAUGCAUCGCAAGAUGCUCAACACCGACGCUGACCUGGCGGAGGCGCAAAGGGCGCAGGCGGCCGCGGAGGGGCGCACCAAUCGGCUGGCGGCGGCAGGCGAGAAGCGGGAGCUACCGUUCCUGCCGGCUGACGCCAUCAGGCUGAGCCGAAGCAAGCCCCUGGGCCAGGGCGCCAGUGGCACCGUCUCCCAAGCGACUCUCCGCCUGCCGGUGGCCGUCAAAAGCGCGAACCUGAUCGCGGAAGCCUCCAUCAUGGCGCCCCGCGACGCAGCAUACCGCAACAGAAAAUACCAGGCUGCUGUGAUGUACGAGGCCACUCAGCUGGCGCGUUUCUGCGGCCACCCAUACAUUGUACGGGCGCUGGGGAUGGUGGUGGAGGAGGGCCACCUGGGGCCCAGCAUAGUGCUGGAGCUCGCAACCCACGGCAGCCUCCACAGAAUGAUGGCCAACAAUGAGUUCAUCGACAUCGACUGCCAGGUGGCAUUCGCACACUGCGUCGCUGACGCCCUUCGCUACAUCCACGAUUGCGGCUAUAGUCACGGUGACAUAAAACCGGACAACAUCCUUACCUACGAGGACGACGACGGGGUGUACGCCAAGGUGACCGACCUGGGCCUGACCGCUGCCUGCAACCCUGCCACCGGCCGCCUCAUCGAUCCCAAGCGCGCCGGUGGGACCAUGGGCUACCUUCACCCGGAGAGCUACCUGGACCCGGCUGCAGCGGGGCAGCGGGACGACUCCUAUGCGUAUGGAGUGACUCUCCUGGAGAUGCUCAUGGGCCGCACCGCGCGCGAAGUGCUCGUGGAGCAGUACGAGGCUCUGCCCAAGAAGGCGCUGGAUCAGAUCACUGCCGAGGUCCGCCGCCGGUGCUGCAGCUGGGAGAUGGCCCCCAAGGAUUUCGACUUCAUCAGCCUGGCGGAGUGCUACAAGGAGAACGUGCAAGAGGAGCUGCAGGCUCCUGACAUGUAUGUGCAGAUGGUGCUCAGCCUGGUGAGGAUAGAUCCCCGCAGCGCCCCCGGCCCCUCGUGGAGCGAGGUGCUGCAGACUCUGGACCGAGUGCACACGAUGGUGCAGUGCUAG